AUUACUGUAGACUACAAUAUGCUGGUUUGUUGGAAUGUUUAGCGAAUUCUAGAUUACAUGUAUCGCUACGGGUAUGAUAUGAUACGGUACCAUCGUCAACAUCUCUCUCUCUCUCUCUCUCUCUCUCUCUCGUCGUCGUAGUUGAGCAUAUGGCGGGUCAGGUGGUCAAACUGAGUCUGUAACUCGCCGCAGCGGCCGUGGUGGAAUAGGGUACUGGUAGUCAUACUGGCACCAUUGCAAGGGAUCGUGGUGGAGGUCAGGAACCAAUGCUAUUCUUGUCAUGGACUUUCCACCUUUGUCCCCUUAUGCUAUGAUACCACCGUGUUCUUUCCGCCCCCUUGGCGCACCCCUCUCGCCACAAAGUGUAACCGCCAAAACCCAUUGUUACUUCUCGCUUACUAAUCAUCACCCUUUGCUGCGCUUUAAAUCCAUUGACAGAGGAAAAGUGUCCUCUACGACGACAGGUGGCUUUUUCUAGGGGGAGUCGACACUCUAUAAAGUUUCUCCUUCUCUCUCACGCUUCAACCAGCUCUCCUCCCCUUUUCCCCCUUCUCCUUCCCCACACAAAAACCCGUUUUCUCGCUCAUUUUUCUCCCCUCCUCCUACUUUCCCCUCAUCUCUCCUCUCCCCACCAACAAUCUGCAGACUGGUACUCUCGGAGAUAAUCAUCUACCAACUGCUACGACCUUUCGGCUUUUUUCUCCCUUUAUCCAAAGGUCGCCCCCUGAUGUUUGAAUCAAAGGGCAAGGGGGUCACUUGGACCACCGUGCUUUACUUGUUUUGCAUUUUCCUAGCUCCUCUCCUGUUUCUGUCCCCAGCGAGUGCUGCGGAGAAUGAGACUGACAACUUUGGAACUGUCAUUGGUAUCGAUUUGGGAACUACCUACUCGUAAGGUUCCCGUCCUUGUCCUAACCGGGCUAAUGGAUCCGGUCGAAUUGAACACUAAGCUUAUUGGAUGCAGAUGUGUCGGUGUUAUGAAGGGUGGUCGUGUUGAAAUCCUGGUCAAUGAUCAGGGAAACCGUAUUACUCCUUCCUACGUCGCUUUCACACCCGAUGAACGUCUUGUCGGUGAUGCCGCAAAGAAUCAAUAUGCCUCCAAUCCCACAAACACCAUCUUUGACAUCAAGUAAGCUGUCCUGCGUCCCGCCAUUCUUCGGGUUUGCUGACAAUCCCGCUCCAGGCGUCUCAUCGGACGUAAGUUCAGCGAGAAGGAUGUGCAGAGCGACAUGAAGCAUUUCCCCUUCAAGGUCAUCAACAAGAGUGGCCAGCCCGCUGUCCAGGUCAAGGUUGGUGGUGAGGAGAGAGAUUUCACUCCCGAGGAGAUCUCCGCCAUGGUUUUGGGCAAGAUGAAGGAGAUCGCCGAAGGCUACCUGAGUCAGAAGGUCACCCAUGCCGUCGUCACCGUCCCCGCUUACUUCAAUGAUGCCCAGCGUCAAGCUACCAAGGAUGCCGGUAUCAUUGCCGGUCUCAAUGUUCUCCGUAUCGUUAAUGAGCCCACUGCCGCCGCCAUCGCCUACGGAUUGGACAAGAAGGACGGUGAGCGUCAAAUUAUUGUCUACGAUCUCGGUGGUGGUACUUUCGAUGUUUCUCUCUUGUCCAUUGACCAGGGUGUUUUCGAGGUCUUGUCCACCGCUGGUGAUACCCAUCUCGGGGGAGAAGAUUUCGAUUACCGUGUCAUUAGCCAUUUCGCCAAGCUCUACAAUAAGAAGAACAACGUCGACAUCACCAAGGACUUGAAGACCAUGGGUAAGCUGAAGCGUGAGGUUGAAAAGGCCAAGCGUACACUUUCCUCCCAGAUGUCUGUCCGCGUUGAAAUUGAGGCCUUCCAUGACGGAAACGACUUCUCCGAGACCCUUACCCGGGCCAAGUUCGAGGAGCUCAACCUUGACUUGUUCAAGAAGACCCUCAAGCCAGUCGAGCAGGUCCUUAAGGAUGCCAAGGUCAAGAAGUCUGAGGUUGACGACAUUGUUCUUGUUGGUGGUUCUACCCGUAUCCCCAAGGUCCAGGCUCUUCUCGAGGAGUUCUUCGGUGGUAAGCAGGCUUCCAAGGGUAUCAAUCCCGAUGAAGCUGUUGCCUAUGGUGCCGCUGUCCAGGGUGGUGUCUUGUCUGGCGAGGAGGGUACUGAGGAUGUCGUUCUCAUGGACGUCAACCCGUUGACCCUUGGUAUCGAGACCACAGGUGGUGUCAUGACUAAACUCAUUCCCCGCAACACUGUCAUCCCUACCCGCAAGGCGCAGAUAUUCUCCACCGCCGCCGACAACCAGCCCGUCGUCUUGAUCCAGGUUUAUGAGGGAGAGCGUGCCAUGACCAAGGACAACAACUUAUUGGGAAAGUUCGAGCUUACCGGUAUCCCCCCAGCUCCUCGUGGCGUUCCUCAAAUUGAGGUCUCCUUUGAGUUGGAUGCCAACGGUAUUUUGAAGGUUUCCGCUGCCGACAAAGGCACUGGAAAGUCUGAGAGCAUCACCAUUACCAAUGAGCGUGGUCGUCUUUCCCAGGAUGAGAUUGACCGUAUGGUUUCUGAGGCCGAGAAGUUUGCCGAUGAGGACAAGGCCAAUCGUGAGCGCAUUGAGGCCAGAAAUGGACUUGAGAACUACUCUUUCACCAUCAAGAACCAAGCCAAUGACGAGGACGGUCUUGGUGGAAAGAUUACUGAGGAUGAGAAGGAGACUCUUCUCAACGCUGUCAAGGAGACCACUGACUGGCUUGACGAGAAUGGUAGCACUGCUACCACUGAAGACUUUGAUGAACAGAAGGAGAAGCUCAGCUCGGUUGCCUAUCCCAUCACUAGCAAAAGUGAGUUCUAUUAUUGAAUUUCUGGACAGACAUAAAAGCGGACACGAUGCUAACAUUAUUCUAGUGUACGAGGGUUCUAGUGGCUCUGGUGAUGACGAUUAUGUCCCUGACCAUGAGGAGCUAUAAUCGUGAUGAUUUGAGGUUCUUUGUUUUUUCCCCGGGUUUAUAUAAAAUUUCUUGCAGGCUGAGGAGGGGUUAGGCCCCGGUAGUGUUAGAUGGAGGAGCCCUGAUUCCUUGUCUUAUAUGUAAAAACAGUGGAUUUUCCUUAUGUUAAGGGGUUUGUUUGAAUACAUGUUUUAUGACUGGUUGAGCUUUCGCAGAUGGCGGGAGGUGAUUGUGACUAAGGCGGGUGUUGUAUCUGUGGUACUGUACUCGUACGGUACUCUACAGGUGCUACUUUCUCAUUAGUGCCGCCAUGUGGAUCACUGUUGGUUCACGCCAAGCUGGCCUCGGAAAGCCCGGGCCGUUUUAAGACGAGAUUAAGACCUUUACCGUACUUGUAUACCGUAUACUGUAAGCGGCACGGCGCUUGUAGGUUAGCGUGGGAAUGCUUUGGGAAAGUGCUCGUGUGCUCCGUUG